CUCGCUGACUGCAAAACUUUUUCGCAACGGAUCGAUGAAUUUGCAAAUUACAUAGAAAAACCUCAGUCCUUCGUAUUUCAGCCACAUAUUCACCAUCUGUUUCGAAAAGAGAGCCGAAUUUCGUACGCGAGAUAAAUGGUGCAGCACAAAAGUGUUCAUUUCCAUUGCCACGAUGGAAAUGUGGGAAAAGGAGCUGUACAGAAAUUUCAAGAACCCGAAGGAAUGACUACGAUUGAUUUGAAAAAUGUUCAUGGAUACGAGGAAUGCCAAAAAGAAAAUACACCCCCAAUCAUUUUAAUAAAUCCAAUCCGAAAAUACAUUAUUAAAUAUUUAAUUAUAACGUUUUUUAUCAUUUUUGCAACGGUAACGAUAUUUACAAUAAUCACGCCACAAAAUCCAGUUUCGAGAACGUUCAAAAAUGUUUUCCACAUUCAAUCAAAUUCAGAACCGAACAUAUCGCUUUCUGAAAUAACGAAACUCAUCUCGAUGUACACCGAAAAUAUCGAUCGCUGCAUAACAUCGGGGAAAGUUGAUGAUUGUUGCGCUAUUUUCGCUGAACUCUAUGACGGUUUUACCAUUGAAGCGUGUAAUAUCGAUACGAUCAGAUCGUUAUUAGGCAAUGCAACGAAAUGGGACAAUGACCAAACUGAAUCUUUUUCCAUAAACAAUAACAUUACUUUAGAUGAUUCUGAUGAUGCUGAUUUUAUCGAUUCGGACACAAAAAUCUCUGAUAUGUUAAAACCGGUUAUUGAAGACGAUAGUUUGAAUUUAGAAGGUGAUGAUAUCGCGAUUAUUUUAAGCAAUGAUAAGAUUAUCAAAAAAGAAAAGUAUUUAUACAAAAGAGAAAUUGAUUUAAAUUUUAUGCAAAACCAGAUAGAGACUCCUCAAAUUAAUUUUAUUGGAGAUAAAGAAAGGAAAUUUAAAAUUGUUGAUUCAAAAACGGCACAAGAAAAUAUCCCAAACACCAUCGUAACAUCAACUCAAUGCGUCCCAUUAACCCCUCAUCCAUCAUAUCAUUACGAUCCAAAUCCGAGAUACGCAGAACUCCUCCCAAUAAAUAGAAAUCCUUAUAUUAUGCCUCCAACUUUUCCAUACUCUAUGAAUCCUUAUUUUUCCAUCCCACCAAUUCCACCAACUCAAUACCAGUACAACCCAUUUUACAUCCCUCAAAACCCUAUACCCACCAGCAUCCAAGCAACGAAUCCCUCCGGACAAUUUUUCAUUUGCAACCCAGUCCCAGCACCAUCAACGAACCAUCUAACUUCAAUCCCGGGGGUGGAAGUACGACAAAGCUCGGGGUUAAGUCUUCAAGAUUUAGUUGAUGAUGUUGCCGAACCCCACAGCAACAAAACAAGAAGCUCAGAUUUAUGUCCAUCCGGCAAGGUUCUUUGUGGCGAUGAAUUAAAAUGCAUCAAAGAGUUCAGAGUAUGCGAUAAUAGAGUUGAUUGUAAAGAUGGUAGCGAUGAAGUUGGUUGUUCUUGUACUGAUCGAGUUGGACCGUCAAGAAUGUGCGACGGUUAUUAUGAUUGUCCCAAUGGAGAAGACGAAUGGAAUUGUUUUGGGUGUAGAAAGAACACGUUUAGUUGCGAUGAUUGGAAUGAUGAUCGAAGGGUUACUUGCAUCCCAAUCGAGCAAAGGUGUGAUGGCAUCGUUCAAUGCAGAACGGGGAAAGACGAAGAUGAUUGUGCGAUUUUAUCAGAAAAUUUCGGAAAAACUUUGCCAAUGUAUAAAAUUUCGAAUUCUGCUGGGUUCCUUUACAAAAAUUACAAAGGUGUUUGGUACCCAGCUUGUUCUAAUAGUGAGAUAUGGGCGAUUAGUGCUUGCGAUAAAGAAUCUGGUCCAAACAUUUUAUCUCCAAUAACCCACAUGGUUCCAACUCAUCAUAAUUACGAAGGCCAAUACAUAAAUCUAAUUAAUAAAGAAGUCGAUUUAGUAGAUUCUUGCAUUCCAGGAUUUGCAGUUUACGUCCAAUGUCCAUCACCAAUUUGCGGUAAAAGAACUAUGGGGAAACGGCCUUUUCGCUCAGAAGAAGAUGAUGAUGAUAGCCAUGAAGAUUCAAUAUCAAGAUUUCGACCUCGUCAUCAAAAUAAUCAAUCAUCAAAGUCAUUAACAUCGAGCUUAAAUGAAUCUUUAUCUGAAAUAUUAGGCGUAGUUGGGGGAAGUCCAAGUCGACCAGCAGCUUGGCCGUGGGUCAUUUCAAUGUAUCGCAACGGUUUCUUCCAUUGCGGAGGUGUUGUAAUAAGUGAAUCUUGGAUUUUAACAGCUGCUCAUUGCGUAGAUAAAUACGCUAAAUAUUAUUUUGAAAUUGAAGCGGGGAUUUUAAGGAGACUAUCGUUUUCACCGAUGCAACAAACUCGAUUUGUUACUCGAGUUCUCAUCCACGGUGCUUAUGAUCGGGCGGUAUUAAAGAAUGAUUUGGCGUUAAUUAAAAUCGAUACACCUCUAAAAUUCAAUAGAUAUGUUCGUCCAAUUUGUUUACCAUCGGAACAUACUGCAGGAAGAAAUUAUUUGGAAGCACCACCACCCGGAACUCUAUGCACCGCCAUCGGAUGGGGAGCCACUUUUGAACACGGACCAGAUCCUGACCAUUUAAGAGAAGUCGAGCUCCCAGUUUUAAAACACUGCAAAUACCCCGAUGAUGAAAGCGGACAAGAAAUUUGUGCCGGCUUCGUGGAAGGAGGAAAAGAUGCUUGUCAAGGUGACAGCGGAGGUCCUUUUAUGUGCCGAAAUCCAAACUCUCCAGAUCAAUGGUACUUAGCUGGUAUAGUUAGUCACGGAGAUGGAUGCGCAAGACCUAACGAACCGGGGGUUUACACAAGAGUUUCAUUAUACAUAGAUUGGAUUUUUGAAAAUAUCCGAUCAAAUCUUCAUUUACUAAACAUCCCCUUAUUAAAAUGUCCAGGAUACGAAUGCAAAGCUACGAAAAAAUGCAUACCAAGAAAAAACCAUUGCGAUAAAAUGGUGGAUUGCUUGCUGGGCGACGACGAACGCCAAUGCAAUCCUUCGAAAAAUCCCGAAUUAUUCGGGCAAGCGAUGAGCCGCAUGAUAUUGCAACACAACUCGAAAAGCGAAGUUAAUAAAUUAAGCGCUGCCGAAGACACAACGCUCGGCUCGACUACAUUAAUAACAACGACCACAGAAACUCCAGUAGCGUCCGCCGUUGGGGUACAAGAUCCUAUCUCUACAUUUAAAAUUGAAACCAGCCAAACCGAAACCGGAUUAUUUUCAACUGUAUUCGAAUCUUUUCGUAGUACUUUAAAUACGGAUGAGAAUCUUUUUAGCAAUACAGAAAUUACAACAAAUAAUGCAAUUACAACUGAAAGUAUCAUUGAAGAUGUAACCACCGAUACAAAUGAUAAAAAUUUGACGUCAAAGGAGAAAUAUUUUAGAUGUUCCGACAUGCUACAACUAAUUCCUUAUACAAGAAGAUGUGAUAAAUAUAUUGAUUGCGAAGAUGGAACUGAUGAAAUGAAUUGUACUUGUGUAGACUAUUUACAUUCCUUUUCUAACGAAUCAAUAUGCGAUGGAAUAAAUGAUUGCGCCGAUUUUUCCGAUGAACAAGGUUGCGGUGAAAUGUGCGGACCGAAUGAAUUUCGUUGUCGAGUAUCGUCGACGUGUGUCGAGGCCAGAAAAAAGUGCGAUUCCAUCCCGGACUGUCCGCAUAACGAAGACGAAUGGGACUGCUUCGCCCUAACGGACGCCAACGUUCUCCUAUUAGACGAAGAUUUACGCCCCCAUUUGAAUACUAAGGGCAUCGUCACUUUUUACCAGAAGGGCCGGCAAACCUGGACGCCAAUCUGUUUCGAUGAGAACAACGAAGAAUCCGAAGAAGAAUCCAUCGCUUCACAAAUUUGUCUUAUGUUAGGUCUAAACGAUUACAUUGUUUAUCGGCAAACCCAAGUCGAAGAGAAACCUAUGCAAAUUAUAAAUGCAAACGGCGAUUUACUUGGGGAAAAAACCGAAAUUAACGAUACAAAGUUUUGUGAUGGUUUUUAUUUGAGAUGUGCCGAUGAUACGAUUUCUGGUGCAGAUCUUGAGUCUGUCGCCGAUAUCACAAACGACUUGUUCUCGAUGGCAUGGAAUGUGGCAGUUUAUGCAGAUGGCGAAUAUAAAUGCACUGGCAUUCUACUGACUAUGAAGUGGGUACUAACGUCGGUUAAUUGCUUCCACGGAAUCACCAAGGCUCACUCCUAUUACGUAACCGUUUUAGCAGGAAUUGGAAGAUCUCUUUUGAAUAUUCAAGGACCGCAUCAACAAGAGCGAUUAGUAGUUUAUUCCACCAUAAUCUUGUAUUCAGAUGGUGUCAUGUUGAAAGUGGACAAGAAAUUUGAUUUUACACGAUACGUUCGACCUUUAAGCAUACCAACAAUAAGAGAAAUUUCAAAAAUAUCGCACCAUAAAUGUGUGGCAGUUGGAAGAGGUCAAAAUAGAAUGGAAACGGUGCUUCUCCACAUGACAAAUAAUUGUACAUCUAAUUCAAGGUGUUUCAAAAGAAUUUCACCAAUUAAAGAAAAUUGUGAAAAAUUUCAUUGGAGUGGAGUCAUCGUUUGCGAAUCAAAAUCAGCCCUCUACCCAAUAUCAAUAUAUCAAGAACUAUUAGGUUCAUGCGGUUUUACUCAUUCUUCUCCAUUUACAGCCAUAUCGUUAUACAAAACUGCGAUUAACAAAAUUAUUGAAGAUCCAAGCGACGUCAUUGUAUUUCCUCCAAUUUGCGAUGGAUUCCGAUGUUCUUUAGGAAAUUGUAUCGAUACAAAAAAACUUUGCGAUGGAAUCGAAGAUUGUCGAUCGGGAGAAGACGAACAGGAACCAAUGUGUUCAGGAUUAUCGUUUUUAAAAGACGAAGAAAAACAGUGUGACUCACUAAGUUUAAAAUGUAAUAACGGCAAAUGUGUCCGGAAAUCGGUUUAUUGCGAUAGAAAUAACGAUUGUGGCGAUUACUCCGAUGAACCGGACAUUUGUAAUUGCUUCAACUACUUAAAUUCAACUCAACCGGAUAAAGUUUGCGAUGGAAUUGUUAAUUGCGAAGAUAAAAGCGAUGAAAAUCCUGCUAUUUGUAGGUGUACCGAGAAAUUAUUUAAAUGCAAUAAUGAAUGUGUACCAUUAGAAAUGGUCUGCGAUGAAGAAAAGGAUUGUUCUGAUGGAGCAGAUGAACAAAAUUGUAUAUCUUUAAGAAGAGUGAGAAAAAAUGAAUCAAGCGUUCAGGGAGAAGUUACAAUACGAACUAAAGGAAUUUGGCAUUCAGGUUGUUUCUCUAGGAACAUGACCAAAGAAGAGCUUACAGAAAUAUGUCAGAAUUUAGGAUUUUCAAAUAGUACAGGUUCUUAUGAGAAAUAUCCAAGCGAAGCUGUGGAAAAACUUUCUCCUUCACCUAUUUCUAACCGAUUUGAUAUAGUUUGGUUACAUUUUAAUCCUAAACUUAGGUUAUCAUUAAGAACUGGCCGUGAUGGGUUAAUUCGUUUUGAUGAAACUAAGAAAUGUCCAAGAUUAUACAUCCAGUGUAGCUUAAUUAACAAUUAA